UGUCCACAAAGAUCAGUCAUUAUCAGGGGUGGACUGACAACUCAUGGGCCCCCAGGCAAUAGGGGAUCAUGGGGCCCCUGGGUCCUUGCCCAAACUCAAAAAACCUAUGAAAAAGGUACCAGGGGCAUCUCAUGGGGCCCCCUACUGACCCCGGGCCCUCGAGCAGUGCCCAAGUUUCCAAAUGGUCAGUCCGUCCCUUGGGAGUAGUUACUGUGAGAAAAACAAGGCGUUUGCCU